UCCACUUGAUGCUACAAAUGUUCAAAACAUUUUUUUAUUGGUCAGUUAAUAAAAUUCUUUUUUCCGAUUGAUCAAUCGAAAGUUUCGAAGCAUUUGUAGCGUCAAAUGCCGCACCCAGAGUAGUUCAUAUGACACGUUUCCUAACCUAACAUUCAACUUUAACGAAAACAAAGUAUCAGUCGAUGGCACAACAUACCCAAAUCUUAACUUUAACUAAUAAUAUUUCGUUUCGUAGAGCAGUGCAUAAAUUUCAAUUGUCAGAUUCGUUUGCUUCACAAAAAAUGUAUCGAUUGGUAUAAACGUGUUUUUAUCAAUGUCUGUGAUUGAUGACAAACAUAAAUUAAUAUAAAUAGCAUAAUUUCUUCUCUUAAUAACAGAACAUAAGCUUAAUUUUUUAUAGUUCAGUACACUAGUGUGUACACUUUUUAUAUUUUAAGAAAUAGGUAUUUGAAAUUUGUGACAGAAGCACAAAGGAAAAUCUGGUAGUACAGUGAAGCAAGAAAAAUAAACCUAUUGAUGUGGCAAUUUAGAAUACGCAUUUUAGUAAAUUAUAUCAAAUUACAGUCUCAAAACUAUUUGCCAUCUGAUUGAAACAUUGCGAUUUUGUAGAAUUAUUUCGUAAACAGCAAUAUGCAAGGGACAGUAAUUUGACAUAUCUGAUUAAUGCAGACUGUCAAUUUUACAAUAGCCAUAAUAGUUCGAUUAUUGCAGUAGAUAUUUACUAUAAUUAUUCAGCAUUUAGCUGAGAUUAUCCUAAAAUUAUAUAAAUCUCAAGAUGCAAUUAGAAAAGGGACUGUCAUCAAAGUAUGCAUAUAUUACAUAUGUGAUUGCAGCCUAUUGGAUAGUAUCAAUUUUAACUGUAUUCGUGAAUAAAGCACUCCUGUCCAGUGAUGCUGUGAAUCUGAAUGCUCCUUUAUUUGUAACUUGGUUUCAAUGUAUAGUGAGUGUAGCUAUCUGUAUUACUUUACGCAUAAUAUCCCAAUGGUUUCCAGACUGCAUUGAAAUCGCAAAUGGUAGUCCGUUUAAAAAAGAUACUUUGAAAAAGGUAUUGCCGUUAUCAAUUUUGUUUACUGCAAUGAUAGCAACUAAUAACUUAUGCUUAAAAUACGUUGGGGUUGCAUUUUACUACGUGGGUCGUUCGCUAACGACGGUAUUUAAUGUCGUAUUUACUUAUAUUUUACUCGGACAAACGACAUCUUUCAAAUGCAUAGCAUGCUGCGCAGUAAUUAUUAUUGGGUUCUGGUUAGGGGUAGAUCAGGAGCAUGUAGCAGGUUCUCUAUCUAUUCUCGGGACACUUUUCGGCGUGCUUGGAUCAUUGUCGUUAUCUUUGUAUUCUAUCCGUAUGAAACAGACGCUCCCGAUCGUAAAUCAAGACAUCUGGCUACUCUCGUAUUAUAACAAUGUGUAUAGCAUUAUUAUCUUCAUCCCGUUAAUGAUAAUUAGCGGGGAACAUACCACUGUAUAUAAUUACGAGAAGCUUGGACAUCCUCUUUUCUGGGGUGCCAUGACAAUCGGUGGUGUAUUCGGCUUUGCCAUUGGAUAUUUCACUGCCCUUCAGAUAAAAGUUACGUCUCCUUUAACACAUAAUGUUAGCGGUACCGCAAAAGCAUGCGCUCAAACGGUUUUAGCGACUUAUUGGUUUAAUGAAAAGAAAUCGUUUCUCUGGUGGAUAAGCAAUAUCGUUGUCCUUACUGCCAGUGCAUUUUAUGCGAGGAUUAGGCAACUAGAGUUGAAUAAAGAGUAUAGAAUCGAGACACGGCAAUUUAAAGUGUAACAACGGUAUUAAAAUAUAACAAUUUUAUUCAAAUUUUUAUAUUUAAAGUGUUAUUGUAUGCA